GUGUUUUCUUUGUGUCUUCUGCCAACAAAACCCGUCACGGCCCAUUUUGGAAUAUAUAUAGAGACAAUGCCGAAAAGACCAAAUAUUAUACUUCUCCAGAAUCCGCUCUUUCUUACGACAAUUCUUCGAAGUGUCGAAUUUAUCGAUCUCGGAAUACUUCGAAUGCAUGGAGCGUCAAUUUGCGAAAUCCAUAUCCGUUUAUGAUAGUGUCUAUUCGAUCCCAACGACUAGCGAAGGGAAGGAGAACGCCAGCAGCGACAAAGACGACAAGGAAGAUAUGGAAAGGCCUCGGGGUCUUUUGAGUCUCCCGAGCGAGAUACGCUGCGAAAUAUACUGGUAUCUCCUCUGCAGUCACAGCCAUCCGAUCGUGUUUCCUCGACCGUCCACAAUUCAAGGCAACAGCCUCAUUGCGACGGAGCCGCGAAUAUGGACUGCAAUUCUUUCGACUUGCAGGGUUGUCUAUGAAGAGGCUUUGCCUAUUCUUUAUGGCCAGAAUUUCUUUUGGUAUACCGUCCCCGGUGGUUUCGGUGCCCGGGCAUCCCGCUACGUCGCACAAAUGUCCAAGGAACAGCCAAGUCCCGAAGCUCUCGAUAAGAAACCAGCGUGUACGCCGGACCUUGGAAUUGCAGAGAAAUUCGUACCCCUACUCAGAUCCGUCACUAUAGACCGCGUGUGUUUUGGAAGUGAGUUCAAUGACGACGACGAUAUUUUUCUCGCCAAACUGAUUGAUCACUUCACGAGCACGGAUUUGAGAUUGACGCAUUUCCAAUUCAAUCUUAGAUCUUAUUUCGAUGUGUGGUCCGUUGGUCCUCAGCUCCUCCCGCGUCAAAGCACAGCCAUUGCGGCCCUCAAGCGUAUGAGAAGUGUCAAGCUUCUCUCAUUUUUCAUCAGCGGCAGCCUUAAAUGUGACCAAGGCCUCAUCGAUGAUCUGUGCGCAGCUUGGAAUGGUCUUCCCUUUUUCAUUUAUGAUCAUGGCGUCCAAAUCUCCCCCAGCGGGCAAAAUGACCAAGUUCGACAUCUGCCAGCCUUGGCAUGGCUGACUUGGGGAACGGAUGAGCUAAACGGGUUGACUGAAUUGUUCCUGUAUAGGCUAGGAUAGCUGCCGGCGGAGACACGCUUGGAAAGUAUUAUCAUGCCCACGCAGGUUGAACAGAGCUGCAAACGCCGCCGCAUUGGAAACUUGGUUUUGAUCUCUGGUCAGCUUUGCCAUUGUUUCGUGUUGAGGCCGAACUAGUUUUCUUUAGUGAAAUCACGUCAAAUAUUCAUUCAAGCGUCAUCGUCUUGUUGGCCUGGCUCCGCUGCAGUGGCCAUCGCUGCCUCCUCGGCUGUGGAUGGGAAGCUUAAAUAUUU